AACCGGACCUUCCUGUACUCAACAUGCACAAAAUGGUGAUCGCUGUUUUGUCCGUUUUAUUCUUUGUGUCGGCUGUUAUGGCCGACUUUGGUUAUGGUGGCCGUGGGCAUGGUGGUUAUGGUGGGCACGAUGAUUAUGGCCGUGGAGGACACAGUGAUUAUGGCCGUGGAGGAUAUGACGAUUAUGGCCGUGGAGGAUACGACGAUUAUGGCCGUGGUGAAUAUGACGAUUAUGGCCGUGGAGGACAAAGUUAUUACGGCCAUGGGGGUGACGGCCACAGAGGAUACGGUCGAUAUGGAUAUGGUGGUUAAAGAGCGUGAAAUAAUUUACAAACCUUCAAUAAUGUAAUAUCUUGUCUAUAUUGUAUUCAAUAAAAUCCAAAAAUUUUUAA